AUGACUCACUUUUUCCUGCGAAACCCUCCAUGGAGCGGGGGAUCUUUGACAAGGCCGGAAUGGUUUCAAGCUGUCAAUCUGACCAUUGCAAAGGGUCGGGAGGAGGCAGUUGGUGUCAUUAUUAUUCUAGAUUUGUUGAUGAAUGAAGGAAGGUGCAUCAAAGUAAAACUCGUGCUCCGCGGCCAAGUUUUCACACUUCGAACGCUCCACCAAAAAAUAAUCAGGAUCUCGAUGAGUCAAACAGUACAGCUGUCGAACUCCGAGGGACCCGGAUUGCGCUUGUGCUCCUCAAGUUGA